CCUAUCAAUCCCGCCGCCCGCCGCCCGGCCGCCGUGCCCCACGUCCGGUGUGUCGUUCGACCUGCGCCCCUGCCCAUCCGGCGAGCCCCAUGCAGCAGCAGCAGCAGCAGCGAGCACUCCCCUUCCAUCUCCUUCUUGGCUGCUUCCCUUGCUGAUCUGCCACAGACUUUCGCUCCUCCGACCCUUUGAUCCAAUCUUGGUGGAGGGUCGUCCACAUCAGUCCCCUGUCCCCGGACCCAAUCCAUACCUUCCAUUCAAGCUUCUAACCACCCUCCUCAACCGUUCCACGUCGUACAUCCAUCCGCCAUGAAACCACCACCCUGUCCCUCUCUCCUCCUCGCCAUCCGCCGCCGCCACCGCCACCGCCACCGCCAGCUCUCCUCGUCCUCUGCUGACGCCGUGGCCGCAGCCGAGGUUCUGGGGACGCUCGCCAGCGCCCCUUCACCUGACGCGGCGCGCGACCUGGAUUGUCUACUCCGCCGCCUGGGCGACCGCGGUCUGGCAUCCGCCCUCUCAUCCCUUCCCUCCCCUCUCCCUGCGGCGUCCGCCCUCCGGCUCCUUCACCACCUUGUUUCCAACGCUCCCUCCUCCUCCAGCCACGCCCAUGCCCACGACCUCCUGACCCCCCGCGUCUCCGCGCUCCUCCUCCCCUCCCUCGUGGCCGAUCGCUCCACGAUGCCCUCCGCUCGCCGCCUAAUGAAACGCCUCCUACAUCUCCACCCCCUCCACACUGCCGCAGCGGCUGUGGCCGACGCCUCCUCCACUCCCUCAUCGGAUUUACUCGUCAGCACCUUCCUCGCCUCCUCCGCACGCGACUCCCUCAGGGGUGCCACGGACGCCUUCCAUGUGCUCUCCUCCCGGGGCGCUUCCCCCUCCGUUAAGACCUGCAAUAUACUCCUUGAAGCUCUUGCACGCGCUGGCCAGCUUGACGCCGCUCGCAAGGUGUUUGCUGAAAUGCGUGAUCGCCAGAACGUCACUCCGAAUGCAUACUCAUAUACCUCUAUGAUCAAGGUCCUCUGCAGGGCUGGAAAGGUGGAAGACGGUUUGAAGAUACUUGCAGAGCUAGUCCAUGCUGGGCUCCAGCAAUGUGCUGGUGUAGUGCCAUACAAUUUGCUGAUGGAUGGACUUUGCAAGAGUGCAAGAGUAGACGAGGCUUUUCGGUUGAAGGAGAGGAUGGAGGAGAGCAAGGUGACCCCGAGCGUGGUCACCUUUGGCAUUCUGAUCAAUGGUCUUGCAAGAAGUCAGCGUUUUGGGGAGGUUGGUGCAGUGUUGCAGGAAAUGGCUCGGUUAGGAAUCGUCCCAAAUGAGAUUAUUUACAAUGAGCUUAUUGGUUGCCAUUGUAGGAAGGGGCAUUUCUCAGAAGCAAUCAGGUUGUUUGAUGAAAUGCUCUCAAAGAAGAUGAAGUCAACAGCAGUGACUUACAACUUGAUUGCUAGAGCUCUAUGCAAGGAAGGGGAGAUGGAGCGUGCUGAGCAGAUAUUGGAGGAGAUGUUAUUGACUGGGAUGGCAGUUCAUUUUGGUUUGUUCAAUUCGGUGGUUGCAGGGCUUCUCCAAAGGACUGGAAGAUUGAAGUCUGUGGUAAGGCUUCUAAAUGAAAUGAUUAUAAGGGGUAUGCGACCAAAUGAUUCUCUCAUGACAGCUUGUGCGAAGCAGCUUUGCCAGGGCGGAAAACACCAAGAAGCAGUUGGAAUUUGGUUUAAGAUGUUGGAGAAAGGUUUAUCUGUCAAUAUUGCAACUUCCAAUGCAUUGAUUCAUGGGCUUUGUGAGGGGGAGAACAUGGAAGGAGCUACUGAGGUUCUAAGGACCAUGGUUAAUAAGGGGCUUGAACUGGAUAGCAUCACUUAUAACAUAAUGAUUCAAGGUUGCUGCAAAGACAAUAAAAUAGAGGAAGCAAUUAAACUCCGUGAUGACAUGAUCAGAAGAGGGUUUAAGCCUAAUAUUUUCACGUUUAAUACUAUACUACAUGCGUAUUGCAUUUUGGGUAAAAUGGAAGAGGCCAUUCACCUGCUGGAUCAGAUGAAAAUUGAGGGACUUCGGCCAGAUAUAGUGUCAUAUGGCACUAUAAUAGAUGGAUAUUGUAGAAUAAAGGAUAUUCAUAAAGCAAAUGAAUAUUUGACUGAAUUGAUGACCCGUGGAUUAGAACCAAAUGUAGUAAUCUACAAUGCACUUAUUGGUGGUUAUGGUAGAGUUGGUAACAUUUCUGGUGCAAUGGAUGUCCUUAACACUAUGAAGUCUACUGGCAUAAGACCAACUAAGGUAACUUACUGUAGUCUUAUGCACUGGAUGUGCCAUGCUUAUCUUGUUGACGAGGCGAAGACCAUGUUUGAGCAAAGCAGAGAAAACAGCAUUGAGGUGGGAGUAAUUGGCUACACAAUUAUGAUACAUGGUUUUUGCAGAAUAGGAAAAAUGGAUGAAGCUCUGAAUUAUUUUGAGCAAAUGCGGUCCAGGGGUAUACCUCCAAACAAGCUUACUUAUACCACUCUGAUGUAUGCCUAUUGUAAAUCUGGUAAUAACGAAGAAGCCUCCAAGCUUUUUGAUGAGAUGUUGAGCUCAGGAAUUGCUCCUGAUAGCGUUUCUUACAAUACACUAGUUACUGGGUUCUCUCAAGUGGAUCCAUUGGACAAGGCUACAGAACUGCCUGCUGAAAUAUCAAAUGUUUUGACACAGAAUGAUUGUUUGUACAAUGAAUUAGUUAAUAGAAUAACCACUCCUUCGUGCCAGAAAGAAGCUACUUCCAGUGAAUGAUGUGUGAUUAAGGAACCAAAAGGAAGACUGUUUUUCUGAACAGACCCAUCCAAGCAUGAAAGGGAACUAGAGAGAUCACAGAGGCCCUCACCUUGCUAUUGGCUAGAUAGCUUUCUCAUCUAGCAGGAACAUCAACCGAGUCCAUUCAUCUCUUACCUUGGACAGCUACCCAAUGGCAGCAGGUUACGCUUAAAGCUAUCCAACGGUAAUGUAUACUUGCUCACCUUGUGGCAUGUGGGGGUACCCAACAGAAGCACCAGAUUGCCUUGAAGGUUCAUAAUUGCCUAACUUUGGUUGACAAUGACAACACCUUGAGUGCCUCUCAGUGGAUAGAUGAUGACUGAAUGGAAUUAUCUGCUUCAAGUUACAGAAGUUUGCCAUUUUCGUAUGAUCCUAUGAUGCAUGAGUUCAUGAAGCAAGCAAGAAUCUAUCUCAAAAUUUUGUGUUCCAACCUAUAACAAUUCAACAACUGUCGAGUUCUGACUUUGGCUAUCUAGCACGCUGACAACACAAAGAAUAAUGCCUCAGUUGCUGACUUUGAGCACUGUGAAGUAUGUGAAUUUCGUUCUCAUGGAUGACUGCAAAUAUGAGAAAUUUUCAUUUUUUUUACUGAUGUUAUGUGUAUGUGAUCCUUUGAAUACCAGGGUAUUAUAACGUGUGUCCCAAGCACGGUUUACAACCGGAAAGAAAUACAACUCUGUGCCAUGGAUUUACUUAAGAUACUGGUAAAAUAUAGGUGUAGGAAAAAUCCAGCCACCCAAUCAGGGUCGUAGUGUUUAUACUUGUAACCGUCUAGAAAUAAAACCAAGCAUGAUGCUUAAUUACUCACCGGUUUUCUUAACCA